AUGGAAAACACAAGCCCGAUUUCUACAUCCCUUGACAUGAGCUGGUACCGUUUUGUCCCGGAAUUGCCUGGAACCCUGCCUACGUUCGUUUCAUCAACCCCCUUAAACAUCCAAAACCAGAAACCAACUUCUUCAUCAAACAGAGACAGUGGUCUGGGUAGUUCCACGUUGACUUCCUCCUACCUUUCGCCAAACGCUGCAGCCUUCUCAAUCGAUCGCUUGCUGGGACUCUCAACGGAACUGGAAACACGCCCUCGCAGCCCCUCCUCCUUUUCACCACAACCUCUUGACCUAUCGGUCCACAGACCAUCAAAGGGUAAAACCUUUUCCUGUCGCUACUGCAGUAAGACCUAUUCAUCUAGGUCUUCGACACGGCUGCAUGAAGCUACCCACACAAUGCCCUUCGGUUGUACGGACUGUGGGAGGCGAUUUUCCCGGCCCUGGCUGCUGAGGAGUCAUCGCCGCACACACACCGGCGAGAGGCCCUUUGCAUGCCCCAUCUGUGCACGCAAGUUCUCGGACAGGUCGAACAUGCGCGCGCACCGACGAUUGCACAGGCCGCGCUGA